AUGGCCAACACUAUGUCAGACAAUGCCAACAAGGCCGCUUGGCUCACAGAGGCCAAAGCCAACCCACUCAAGGUUGACCACGCUCCUAUGCCAUCUGCUGGUGCAGAUGAGGUCGUUAUCAAGAACAAGGCUGUGGCCGUCAACCCUGUCGACUGGAAGAUUCAGGAUUCUGGCAUGUUUAUCCAAAAUUAUCCCAAUGUGCUUGGUACCGAUGUCGCUGGCGAGGUCUACGAGGUUGGAUCAAAUGUUGAGAGCUUCAAGAAGGGCGACAGAGUCCUCUCCCACUGCAUUGGCCUCGGCACUGGCAAGUCUCAGAACGCUGGUUUCCAGCUCUUCUCAGCAUGCCCCGAGAUCCUGACCUCCAAGAUUCCCGAGCAGACCUCAUACACUGAGGCUGUCGUUCUGCCCUUGGCUAUCUCAACAGCAUCAGCCGGUCUCUACCAGAAGGGCUUCCUCGAGCUUCCUUACCCCACUGCCUCGCCCAAGUCAUCAGGCAAGGUCAUCCUAGUUUGNGGAGGUUCCAGCAGUGUCGGCUCAACCGCUAUUCAACUCGCUGUAGCCAGUGGUGUCAAGGUCAUUACCACUGCCUCCAAGCACAACCACGAUUACUGCUCCAAGCUUGGUGCCACGGCUGUCAUCGACUACAACAGCUCCUCGGUCGCCGAUGACAUCGUUUCCGCCAUCAAGGACUCCGGGGCAGAGUUCGCUGGUGUAUAUGACUCGAUUUCCUUACCCGACACCUUCAAGCACUGUUUCGAGGUCCUACAGAAGGCUGGUGGCAGCAAGAACAUGGCUACCGUUCUACCACCUCCUCAAGACAAGCCUUCUGACAUCAAUGUCCAGGGCGUCUUUGCCAUUACUAUUGGUACCCAACACAAGGAAGUCGGCGACGCUGUUUGGCACAAGUUUGUUCCCGGCGCCCUCCAAAGUGGAGAUCUCAAGUGCUUGCCCGAGCCCCUGGUUGUUGGACAAGGUCUGGAGAGCGUGCAAAAGGGUCUCGACAAGAACAAGGCUGGUGUUAGUGCCAAGAAGGUGGUCAUUGAGCUGUAG